AACGUGAUUGCGUCACUGUCCGCAUCAUCGAAGCGUGCCCCUGUCAUCGGACAGGGACGCAGAGGAGCUGGUUUGUUCCUGCUUCUCGUCGGUGAAAACAUAACAGGUCAUCCAGCAUUAUGAGUCAGCGGACGGAGCGACGGGGCAUACACGUGGACCAAUCAGACCUGCUGUGCAAAAAGGGAUGCGGCUACUAUGGAAACGCAGCAUGGCAGGGCUUGUGCUCCAAGUGCUGGAGGGAGGAGUAUCAGCGGGUGCGGCAGAAGCAAAUCCAGGACGACUGGGCCUUGGCAGAAAAGUUGCAGAGAGAAGAGGAGGAGGCGUAUGCCAGCAGUCACGCAGUGCAUUCCCAGUCGCCUGCAGGACACGCCUCCCUCGCCCCCUUCUCCAAGUUUGAGGAGAAGAAAACCAACGAGAAGACCCGGAAAGUGACAACCGUUAAGAAGUUCUUCAGCCCUUCAUCGCGAACUGCUUCCAAGAAAGAAACUCAGGAUGGAAAGACGCCGAGUCCAUCGAUUAGCCGCCACGCAAGCUUCGAUACAGACCAAGUGUCCAAAGACUUUGUGGAGUUUUUGAAGAACCUUCAUAAACCGGGCCGAGAGAUCCAUAAGCAGUGCCGGGCCUUCCUUGUGAACAUGUCGAGCAAGAAGGACCUGAGUGCAGAUGAGCUCUCAGAGUGUGUCCAGGAUUUCUACCAGAGCUUGGCUGACCGCUUGAUGAGUCACUUUAAAGGCUCCUCAGAAUCGGUGGAGCAGGUGAUGGACCAGGUGGAAAAGUACAUCAUGACCCGUCUGUAUAAGAGCGUCUUCUGUCCAGAAACAACUGACGAUGAGAAGAAGGACCUGUCCACACAGAAUAGAAUAAGGGCUUUGCACUGGGUGACCAUCCAGAUGUUGUGUGUGUCCAUGGAUGAAGAAAUCCCUGAAGUCUCAGAGAAUGUGGUCAAAGCUAUAACAGACAUCAUUGAGAUGGACUCUAAGAGGGUACCCCGGGACAAACUUGUCUGCAUCACACGUUGCAGUAAACACAUCUUCAGUGCCAUCAGGAUCACUAAAAAUGAGCCGGCCUCUGCGGAUGACUUUCUUCCUGCGCUCAUUUACAUCGUGCUCAAAGCUAACCCUCCACGGCUUCAGUCCAACAUCCAGUACAUCACCCGUUUCUGCAACCCCAGCAGGCUGAUGACCGGAGAGGACGGAUACUACUUCACCAACCUGUGCUGUGCAGUGGCCUUCAUUGAGAAGCUAGACGCUCAGUCUCUCAACCUCUCUCCAGAGGAGUUUGAGCGCUACAUGUCGGGUCAAGCUUCCCCCCGAUUUAACAGCUCCGAGGGCGAUUGGGUGGACGGUACUCAAGGAGUCGGCGUGACCGUCACCAAUCCCGUCCUGGCCCAGCUCAACCACAAUCUGGAACUGCUGUCAGGUCUCUGCAGACAGCAGGAGGCAGUGAUGGAGGCUGCUCAGAGCCUCCAGGCAGACCUGCUCUCCUGGUCUGAGGGCGUUCAGCGGGAGGUGCACGGCAUCCUGGAGAAAUAUCCUCUGGAGAUUAAGUCUUCCAAGGUUUCCGCCAUUGAUGCCAAUAACGUGGACAAUGAAAACCUUCCGUCACCCAUUAAGCCACAGGUGUUUGCUGGUUAGAGGAGUUGGCAGAAGAUGGCGAAACAUUUCACUUUUAGUUGGGGUGCACCUUAUUACCUUCUCCUGUCUGCUGAGAUCUCAGCUCUGUGAUGAGUCUGAUCUGCACCUUAGAAACCAGCUAAUACCAACAUUUAAAUUUGAAACGGGUUCAGUCAGUGCAUGUUAUCCACGUUGACAUAUUUCAUCUACAUUUAGAUUGUCAUGUAACUUUAAGUUUAGCAGUUUGACCAAUAUGAGAUUUAUACCCAAUAGAGAGUGAGUCUAGAAUGGAGAAAAGUUUCAAUAAUGAGGCUCAUUCAUCAGUAUUUGAGUACAAAACCACACUAGCUGAUGCACAAUAUUUCGUUUUUUAAUGUUUUUUUAAGUUUUAGGAAAUUGCUACGGUACAAAUACUUAGUCUUAACAAACUGAACUUUGAUGUAAGCAUUCGAGCCAAGCAGCUUAAGCAGUAACUCAGAACAUUAACUCAAAAAUACAAGCUAACGGGUUUGUAUGUUCUAAUGUAAAAUAACCAAUGCAUGAACGUUGACUGCUCCUAACACUUUCUUUAUCACCUUUUGUGUCUUUAAAUUUCAUUUUUAUGCUGUUUUAGUCAUUUUAUUUCUCUUAUAGUACUGAUAUCAUCUAAUCAAAUUUCCAAGUCCCUUAAAGCUGUUAGGGUGGCCUCUGUAAUGUCUUUUCAUGUUGCGUUUUGACAUUUUUGUUCCACAGGGCUCCUAUCUAGGCCUGAAAAGUUCAGAAAAAUAUGGAAUUUGAUUUAACUGUUUUCCAGGUCUGAUCGGUUAUUUAAAAAAAGUUAAAAAAGAGUGAGAAAUUUUUUUUAUAUUUCCAAACUUUAUUCCUUUGCAAUUAAAUGUACCAAAUUUCCAAAAUGAGUUGGUCUAAACAGAUCCUGGUUAUCAUCAGGUCGGCUGUUAAGGUUAAUACUUUAGGCAUAUCUAUCUUGGAAACCAUACUGCACAUACUUGUUGCAUUGACAGAGCAGAGAAGUGUUCAUUCCUGUCUUAUUCAUUUCUUUACUUCCAGUCUUUGGAUUUUAACGGUGCUUUCCGUUCCCAUAUUUAAAGUCUAACAACCGUAGAAGCAUCCAGAGUUCAUUUAAACUGAACUUUUGUAUUUAAGCGUUAAAUUGGACAAAAAUUUACCGAUAAAUCACUCAAUUCUGAGUCUGGAAGAAUAUGGAUUUAUGAAAUGAAAAAUGCAUAGGAACCCUGGUUACAGGUACGGUACCAACACCUCUUGUUCAGCAAAGCAGGCUAAAAGAGCUCGUAUAAACACCCGUGUGUGUUUUUGUACGUUUUUAUCCGAGGUCAGUUUGACUUGUGAGUAAUACCAACAUGAACUCAUUUCUCAUGCAAAAAUAUUGCAGCUGCAACGAGUUACAUGAAAGCAGAACCACUCCAUUACUAAACGUUUUUAUAUUUUAGUUUAAGAAUAAUCUACAUGUCAGCAGCCUUGAAACAGACCACUAGAAAUAAACCAGUAAACUCAAAUAACAAAACAUUGCAUUAUAUAUUUAAAGAAUCUUUUUUUAGUACUUUCUAAUGCAUAAUGUAAACUUAGGCCAAUGUUGUUUGAUUGCCAAUUAAACUACAGUCGUUAUUGUUUUGGUUAAUUUAAGAAUCAUUUCACUGUUGUCUUAUUAAAUAAGAUUGUUGUUUUAAAUUCACUGAUAUCCUUUACUGAAACCCUUAUUUACAGAAUUUUUAAAUGAGGGUUUUCUUUUAUUUUUUAAAUUUAUCUAUGCCAUUUAACCUUUUCAUUGGAAGCAGAAAAUUCACUGCUGACAAUAGACCAGACUUACUGUAGACGUAAUGUUUGUUAAAACCUACAGUACCUCACUGUUUUAGGAAAAUUGAAUGUUUAAAAACAGAGAUAAUAUAUUCAUUUGUGACUUUUUAUGAGCGUCAAAUAAGUGUUUUAAAGAAAAGAGCCUAAAAAUCUUUUUAGUAAACUUUAUGGCACUAACCGUAACUGACACUGACUGAUUUAAAUCCUAGAUGAAAAUGUGUUGUGUAAAUUUAAUAAAUAUAUAUUAUCAGUUUAAAGCAUGAUUUUGCUUCCAUGGUAUCACAGAAAGGGUAAUUAUUGUUUAAAUAUUGGUUUAAAAUGUAAUGAGUGGUCAAAACGUUUUUGUUUUGGUGAAAUAAAAAGAGUCGUUAAUGCACAAAA